UGCUGCAUGAAAGUACAUACCUAUAGCUAUUUCCAGAAAAAAAUCGCCGUCCGUAGGUGCUAAGGGAUUUUUUCUACGGACCGUUAAACUUUACGUAAAAAUUUUCAUUGUUACAUAGAAUUCGGAAUUUUUAACGGCGCUAACUGUACACCUUAGUGACGUCACUGGGUACAUGUCAAUAAGUUACAGCCGCCAUUUUUUUAAAACUCGAUGCAACCUUUGGUUUGAAUUGCCAUUUUCCAAAAAAAUUAUCGAGAUGUGAACAAAGUUCAGACUCUAGUUUCAUGCUAUGUGCCUACAGGAUGGAUUGGUGGUUGGAAACAAGUACAUUCAUGUUGCUGAAGAUCUUUUCAAGUUUGAUUACAAUGUAGACCUAUGGUGUGUGAAUGAAUUCCAGUUCACUGACAGUGUUUGUUUGGACCCUGCUAUUUAUAUCAUCUGGAUUUGUUCAGUUGUUCUAUGUUGAUCCAGGUGAUAUUUGUGGAGGUGAUGCUUACUCCAGCAUAAUGGCAGAACCAAUGGACAUAUCAUCAGAUGAUAAAAGCUGUCCUAUCUGCGACGAACUUUUAAAGAAUGGAUCGCCCACAGUUGUGAUACGUGAAAAGGGAGCAAUUAACAUCAACAGUGCCAGUGCACAGAGAAAUUCGAAUAUAACAGUGAAAUCUGGUGAUUCAGUUCACAGAGACUGUAGAAGGGAUUUUAUAGACUUGAGAAAUGUAAAGACAGAUAAUAGUGGAUAUGCAUGUGACUCUUUGACAACAAGAUCCAGUUGUACAACUUUCGAUUUUAAAUCUAAUUGUUUCUUCUGCACUCACAAAUGUAAUAAAAUAUGUAGUGAAGUCCACAGAGUCGAACAAUUUAAUUUUACUGCAACAAUAAAAGAGUUAUGUAAUAUAAGAAAUGACUCGUGGGGUAAUGAGGUUCAUGCUAGGUUGGUAUCAGUCCUUGAUUUGCAGGCUGCUGAAGCAAUUUACCAUUAAGUGUGCAAUGUAAACUUUUGUACUUUUAAGCAGGUGCCUGACAGGUUUGCAAAAGAUGAGAAAAGCAGGAAAUCACCAGGAAGACCACAGUGUACAGAAUUGCUGGAAGGAUUUAAAGAUGUCAUUAACUAUAUCGAAAGCAAUGAAGGGACAGCACUAUCAGUCAAAGAAUUAGUUCAAGUCAUGGAACAGACCUGUGGAGAGAGAGCCUACUCAAGUAAAUAUAUGAAAAAGAAAAUUAUUGAACAUUUUGGUGAUAUAAUUACAUUUGUUUCUACGCAAGGCCAAGAAGAUAAAAUCAUUAUGAAACAUACCGCAUCUGAUAUCUUAAGCAAAUUCACAAAAGAAAACUUUGGACUCUCAGAGGCAGAACAAAAACGUAAAAUUAUUUCAACAGCUGCAAAACUUAUUAAGUCCGAUAUUGCUGCUGUAGAUGCAUCAAAAACAUUUUAUCCUUCUGUUGGUACUGUCCAGUCUGCAGAAAGGAACAGAAAGUUACUACCAGACACAUUAGAUUUUCUACUGUCGUCAAUGUUUUCAGGAAAGGACACUGAGAUAAAGAUUGCAGCGAUUGGCCAGUCAAUUAUGCAAGCUUGUAGACCAAAGUCCUUAAUCGCACCAUUACAACUUGGUCUAGCAGUUCAGGUUCACCAUUUAUAUUCUUCAAGAUUUCUUGUAGAUGAACUUUACCAGAUGGGAUUUUCAUCUUCCUAUUCUGAGGUGCAACGUUUCCAGUCCAAUGCCGCUAUGUUAUUAAAUGCUGUAGUCGCAGGAUCUUUUCCAGGUCAGUUUCUUCAAUACGUUGCAGAUAAUGCAGACCACAAUGUAUGUACCUUAGAUGGCCAUGGAACAUUCCACGGUAUGGGUAUGGUUGCUUGCUCGUCACCAGGAUCAAAUGUUGAGUUACCAAUUCCGAGAGCAGAUAUGUCACUUACAGAUUUAUCUAGAAUAUCAAACAUUAAUAUCAAAUACUUCAAGGAUCCAGAUAAUGGUAUGUCCGACGAAUUUUAUUUUCGGGACAUAGGAUUUGGAACUGAAAUCUCAGAUACAUUGGUAUGCAGUCAGAAUCCAUUUGACACAUUCUUCAAAUUGAUUUGGCCUUUGAAAACAUCUAGACCAAACUGGUCAGGAUUUAUGCAGCUUUAUACAGAAUCUCAUGCUCAUCCAGGUAAAGCAAAUAUCAAAAUACUUCCCAUGAUAGACAUGAAUCCAAGUGAUUUAUCUUGUAUCAAUUCAACGCUCCACUUUGUAAAUGACCAGUGUAAGAAGUACGGUGUCACUCCUGUAUUGACGUUUGAUCAGCCAUUAUUCCAAAAGGCGACAUUUAUCAUCAGAUGUGAUCCUCUGUUGAAAAACAUAGUUUUACGACUAGGAGGCUUUCAUACAGAGAUGAGUUUCCUGGCCAGCAUAGGACACAUCAUGUCAUCCACUGGACUGCAAGAGGUACUUGAGACGAUUUAUGCUCCAAACGCGGUAAGACAUAUGUUAGCAGGUAAGGCUGUUCACAGAGCCAUACGAGGCCAUUUUCUAGUCGAUACCGCCCUGCACACUUUGCUGCUUUCAGAUGCCCUUGAGGUACCAUUGCCACUGAAGGAACCAAAUAUCUCUGAAAACGAAGACAGAACCUCUACCAAAGAAGAGUCUAGUGUGGAACUUGAAGAUGCGCCAGAGAUGCUUAAGCAGUUAAAGGAAAUGUACGAAAAUCUAGAAAAGAACAAGGUUUCCGUCAGUGACGUCUGUAGCUCUGAACUUCUCCAAGAAGUGUCACAAGUCCUAAAUUUGGAGAAAACAAAAUUAAAAAGUAACCGCACAGCAAGCCUAUGGCUGUAGU